AUGCUUUUUCAUAAAUUACAAUUCAAAAGAUUCUACAAAACGAUGGUUUUAAUCAAGGAUAUCAAAUUUAAAGAUCCUAAUUGGCGACCAAAAGUUCUUGUCACUCAUAAUGAUGUUCCUGAAACUGGAUUAAAGCUGUUACGUGAAAAAUGUGAAGUCACAGUCGUUGAGACUGGUGAAAGAUCUGAACUGCUCCAAAAAGUUAAGGGAAUGGAUGGAAUCUUUUGGGGAAGUCAUCAAAAGCUUGAUGCUGAAGCAUUAGAUAUGGCUGGUCCACAACUAAAGUCUAUAUCGACAAUGUCGGUUGGAAUUGAUUAUGUUGAUUUGGAAGAAGUUAAGCGUAGGAAAAUCCCAUUGGGAUACACUCCAAAUGUCCUCAAUGAUGCUGUGGCUGAUAUUGGUGUAGGACUUGCUAUUGCAGCUUCUAGAAGAUUUCAUGAAGGACGUCAAAAGAUUGAAUCUUCGGAAUGGGAACGUCGUCAGCAAUGGCUUUUGGGACAAGAAAUCCGUGAUUCAACUGUUGGAAUUGUUGGAUUCGGAGCUAUAGGUGAAACAAUCGCGAAGAGGCUUACUGGAUUUAAUGUAGGUCAAUUCUUAUAUUGUGGUCAUCGUCCAAAACCAGCAGCUGAAAAGUACAACGCAAAAUUUGUUCCUUUUAUGGAUUUGGUUGCUCAAAGUGACUUCAUCUUUAUCAUAUGUCCACUAACGAACGAGACUAGAAAGAUGUUUAAUGCUGAAGUGUUCUCAAAAAUGAAGACAACAAGCGUGUUGAUUAAUGUAGCACGUGGUGACAUUGUGGAUCAAGAAGCUUUAUAUGAUGCAUUAAAGAACAAUAAGAUUUUCUCAGCUGGAUUGGAUGUUAUGAGUCCAGAACCAUUGCCUGCUGAUCAUCCAUUGCUAACACUUCCUAAUUGCUUCAUCAUCCCACAUUUAGGAUCAGCAACUAUUCGAACAAGGAAUGACAUGUCCUCGUUAGCAGCUAUGAAUGUCCUUUGUGGACUUGCAGACGAGCCAAUGAAUGCAGCAGCUUAUUAA